AUGGCCAAAGCUCCACCAAAUUUUAUGAUAGGGAACGCAAUCCGACCAAAGAGCAGACUACAACAGGGGCGGAUACAGCCAAUACGACCAAAGAGCAGACUACAACAGGGGCGGAUACAGCCAAUACGACCAAAGAGCAGACUACAACAGGGGCGGAUACAGCCAAUACGACCAAAGAGCAGACUACAACAGGGGCGGAUACAGCCAAUACGACCAAAGAGCAGACGACAACAGGGGCGGAUACAGCCAAUACGACCAAAGAGCAGACGACAACAGGGGCGGAUACAGCCAAUACGACCAAAGAGCAGACUACAACAGGGGCGGAUACAGCCAAUACGACCAAAGAGCAGACUACAACAGGGGCGGAUACAGCCAAUCCGACCAAAGAGCAGACUACAACAGGGGCGGAUACAGCCAAUACGACCAAAGAGCAGACUACAACAGGGGUGGAUACAGCCAAUACGACCAAAGAGCAGACGACAACAGGGGCGGAUACAGCCAUUACGACCAAAGAGCAGACUACAACAGGGGCGGAUACAGCCAAUACGACCAAAGAGCAGACGACAACAGGGGCGGAUACAGCCAUUACGACCAAAUAGCAGACUACAACAGGGGCGGAUACAGCCAUUACGACCAAAGAGCAGACUACAACAGGGGCGGAUACAGCCAAUACGACCAAAGAGCAGACUACAACAGGGGCGGAUACAGCCAAUACGACCAAAGAGCAGACGAAAACAGGGGCGGAUACAGCCAAUACGACCAAAGAGCAGACGACAACAGGGGCGGAUACAGCCAAUACGACCAAAGAGCAGACUACAACAGGGGCGGAUACAGCCAAUACGACCAAAGAGCAGACUACAACAGGGGCGGAUACAGCCAAUCCGACCAAAGAGCAGACUACAACAGGGGUGGAUACAGCCAAUACGACCAAAGAGCAGACGACAACAGGGGCGGAUACAGCCAAUACGACCAAAGAGCAGACUACAACAGGGGUGGAUACAGCCAAUACGACCAAAGAGCAGACGACAACAGGGGCGGAUACAGCCAUUACGACCAAAGAGCAGACUACAACAGGGGCGGAUACAGCCAAUACGACCAAAGAGCAGACGACAACAGGGGCGGAUACAGCCAUUACGACCAAAGAGCAGACUACAACAGGGGCGGAUACAGCCAUUACGACCAAAGAGCAGACUACAACAGGGGCGGAUACAGCCAAUACGACCAAAGAGCAGACGACAACAGGGGCGGAUACAGCCAAUACGACCAAAGAGCAGACGACAACAGGGGCGGAUACAGCCAAUACGACCAAAGAGCAGACGACAACAGGGGCGGAUACAGCCAAUACGACCAAAGAGCAGACUACAACAGGGGCGGAUACAGCCAAUACGACCAAAGAGCAGACUACAACAGGGGUGGAUACAGCCAUUACGACCAAAGAGCAGACUACAACAGGGGCGGAUACAGCCAAUACGACCAAAGAGCAGACGACAACAGGGGCGGAUACAGCCAUUACGACCAAAGAGCAGACUACAACAGGGGCGGAUACAGCCAAUACGACCAAAGAGCAGACUACAACAGGGGCGGAUAUAG